UGCGCGGUGACGCGCGUCGCGGCGGUGCGGGUCCCGAUUGCUGCAGCCGCUUGUCAGUGUGACGAAGAUUGGCACCCAGGUUUCUGUUGUGCACCUGGUACAUCAGUGGGACUCACUCUGCUGGAAUGAGAUAAUGGUGUCCUCAACCCACUGAAGGAGAAGGAGUAUUUGUUUGUACUGAUGAUGAUUUGAUGCAAUUAACAUUUUCUUAACCAUGAUGGCAACACAGACAUUAAGUAUAGACAACUAUCAAGAUGGACAACCGAUGCAAGUAGUAACAGAGUUAAAAACUGAACAAGAUCCAAACUGCUCUGAAACUGAUGCAGAAGGGGUGAGUCCUGCCCCUGUAGAAUCUCAAACUCCAAUGGAUGCAGACAAGCAGGCCAUUUACAGACACCCAUUAUUUCCAUUGUUAGCACUGUUAUUUGAAAAAUGUGAACAAUCUACACAAGGAUCGGAAGGCACGACUUCUGCAAGUUUUGAUGUAGAUAUUGAAAAUUUUGUAAGGAAGCAGGAAAAAGAAGGAAAACCCUUCUUCUGUGAAGAUCCAGAAACUGAUAAUCUGAUGGUAAAAGCAAUCCAAGUUCUUCGUAUUCAUCUGCUUGAGCUAGAAAAGGUUAAUGAGCUUUGCAAGGACUUCUGUAGUCGCUACAUUGCCUGCCUGAAGACAAAAAUGAACAGUGAAACUCUAUUAAGUGGAGAGCCUGGAAGUCCUUAUUCACCCGUGCAAUCUCAGCAAAUGCCAAGUGCCAUUGCAGGCACGCUCAGUCCCCAAGGGAUUAUGGUGCCAGCAUCAGCAUUGCAGCAGGGAAACGUAACUAUGGCAACAGUAGCAGGAGGGACAGUGUAUCAGCCUGUUACUGUGGUCACUCCACAAGGCCAAGUGGUGACGCAAGCAUUGUCCCCUGGGACUAUUCGAAUCCAGAAUUCUCAGCUUCAGUUGCAAUUAAACCAAGAUCUAGGCAUCUUGCAUCAAGAUGAUGGCUCAUCAAAAAAUAAAAGAGGAGUUCUUCCCAAGCACGCUACAAACGUGAUGAGAUCUUGGCUAUUUCAGCACAUAGGGCAUCCAUAUCCAACAGAGGAUGAGAAGAAACAGAUUGCAGCACAAACAAAUCUUACACUACUCCAAGUUAACAAUUGGUUUAUCAAUGCUAGAAGACGAAUUCUUCAGCCAAUGCUGGAUUCCAGUUGUUCUGAAACUCCAAAAACAAAGAAGAAAACAGCUCAGAACAGACCGGUUCAGAGGUUCUGGCCUGACUCCAUUGCAUCAGGAGUUGCUCAGCAGCAGUCUAAUGAGCUCACUAUGUCAGAUGGUGCUGUUGUAACAAUUACAGCCCCGGUAAACAUGAAUGUAGACAGUCUCCAGUCCUUGUCAUCCGAUGGUGCUACACUGGCCGUUCAGCAAGUUAUGAUGGCGGGGCAAAGUGAGGAUGAGUCCGUAGACAGCGGUGAAGACGAUGGAGGAGAUCUCUCAACGACAAAUAUCAGUGGGCUGGUUUUGGAUAACAGCGAUUCUCUGCAGUAGGAAGCAUGAGAGUGUGUCACAACGUUUAGGAAAAAGAAUGGACUGACUGACUGUUUUUAUAGUUUGCACAGCAAACAUUUUACACAAGUUUUAUUUCUAAUAUGUUUUAUAUGUAGAUAUAGAAGGGUGCACUUUUUUGUAUUUCAUAGUAAGCUUAAAGAGUGUUUUUGCAGGUGCAGCAACUUCUUUCAAAUGUGGUUGUUUUGGUUUUUUUUUCCAUUUCAUUUUCUUAUUUCAGAAAAUAUUAUCUAGUAAUAUAAAGAACCACGUAAGCACCCCUUUAUUCUCUGAAUUGGAAGUGCUGCCAUUUCUAAAGAAUUAUGCAGUUUCAAUUAGUGCUGUUAUUUAACACGGCUCUUGAUGGGCAGGUGAUGUAAAUUUAAAGCAUGUGAGGAACUUGAUCGUUAAGUUUGAUGCGUGUAUUUGAAAGAUGCUUCUGCACCUUAAAAACUGCUAGUCUGAGGUGGACAGCAACACACACACAAAGAAAAAGGCCAUGUGUGAUUCAGUAGCGAAUGUAUGGCAACUUCAGUGAGUUUAGUUUCUCUCAUAGUCCAUGAGCCUGUUUAUCAUUUGCUAUAAAAACUCCUAUUUUUACCUUACCGGGAUUAUUGGAUAAAAAAAAAUAUUUUUAUAAAUUCAUGAGGAAUUGGGAUGACAACUGUAUUAUGCAGGAGUUUAAAAAAAAAAAAAAAAAAUUUCCAGAGGGGAAAAAUAAAUGUUUAGUAUUCCUAUUUGGAAGGUCUGAAAACUGACCAAAUUUAAUAAACGAGCCUACGGUAGCACUCUAUGAUUCUCAGCUAUCCUACAGUGAUAGAGUAAACGUAUAUUUGAUAAUAGCAUAAGAAGGGCCCACUGUUUGAUGGGGUUUUGAUAUUGUCAAACGUUGAUUUAUAUUAUGUGUAAUAUUCAAAUUCCAUUAACUCUGCAUCUAGACUUGUAUCUGAAGAUAUUUGCUCAAUGACUGUUCAGGUAAGUAAAUUCAAAUACCCACAACAUUUCCAGUUAUUGGAGAAAUUUAAGAGUUUAUAGUUUGUAGACCCGAUUCUGAAAAGUUAAAAGUUGUGUACUGCAUCAUUAUGAAUUUUGCUAUCACUCCACUGUAUUGAAAAUAUUUUCCCCCCACUACAAAAAGAAAUAAUUUAUGGGUUUAUAUAAAAUUUCCUCAAAUCCGAAGGUCGCCACCAGAGUAUACAGCAGGCUUUAUUAGAGUAGAAGAUCCUUGUAUGUCAUUUAAAAACGAAAAACUAGCAAUGAAAAUAUGUUUUGUGGUAACAAUUAAUUUCACCCUGUCCCUCUCUUUUCCCCCCCCCCCUCCAAAGUUUGGAGUCUCUGUUUAUCCGUGAACACUUACUUUUGGAACUUUGUGUUUCGAAUAAGACUCCAAGAGUCACGGUAUGCUCAAUAUUCUCAUUUUAACCCUGUCCCUUUGUCCCUAUGUUGGGUUGGAUCAAAGCCAGUAAUCUUUUCUCAUUAAAACCAAAUCUAGUUGCAUUUCUAACAUGACAGGGAAGAGGAUGUUAGCUUGCAGAAUCUUCAUUGUGUUUGAGCAGAACUCUGCAAAUAUUUGAGAACUUCAUUUCUGCUUUCCAAAAUACUCAGGCAUAUGCUUUAAGUCCCAUUGAUUUCUGUGGAAUUAAAGCCUGUACUUUUUUUUUUUAUAUGCUUAAAUGCUUGGAAGUAGGUCUUUAAAGACUGCAUUACAAGGCUAGUUUAAAUUGGUAUGAAAAAAAAACUCAGAAAUGCCAGGAUCGCUGGUACGCAUACAUGUACAAUAAUGCUAGUUUUAAGUGAUUGGUAGCUAUUUUGAAAAGCUGAUGUUGGGACUUAAUUAACACUCGUGAUGUUUCUGCAAUAGCUUUCGUUUAUUCCUGGCUGAGGAUUUUGCUUCCAAGUUCAAAUCCUGUAAUGAUCUGCUGCAGCUGGAGUGGUACCUUCUAAACAAUUCUGGUUUUCUUAAGUUCUCUGCUUUGCUGCUCGUGCACCGCAUUUGUUAAAGGUCAUAGCAAAUGGCUGACAAAAGAUAGCAUGACUAUCCCAAAAGCUAUUCUCAAAUCCAUUUGAACCCUAAAAUAUUUUACAAGACUGCUAUCAUGUACAAAUCACACUCCUCUGGAAACGUUCAACCUACUGCUCCUAUGAAGGAUGCCAGAGAUAACUAGAACCAAGAAACACAUCCUGUUCUUAGUCGUCUUUGUUUUAACUCCAGAAGCACUUCCCUUUAUGUAACAGGCUACGCUUUUGGUUUCUGUGAGGGGAUUAUUCAGCUGCCCUUGUUAAUAUU